AUGGCGUACACGUCGGAUAUGAUGGCCCAGGCUCAGGCCCAGGCCCAGGCCCAAGCUCAGGCCAUGUACAUUAUGGGUGACUUUCCGGCGCUGGAUGCUGCCACGUCGGGCGCGGGCGGCGCAACGGGGGCAGGGUCCGGAACAAGCAGCGGAGCUGGCGCAACAGGCGCGUACGGGCAGUCGGGCCUCACGGCGGCCCAGGCAGUGCAGCAGGCUCAAGCUCAAGCUCAGGCUCAGGCUCAGGCUCAGGCUCAGGCUCAGCGUGCCCAUGCCGAGUUCAACAUGCACUCGGAGGACUUUCCGGCGCUCGGCGGCGCCGGCGGCGACGGGUCGAGCGCGCCGCAGCGGUUCUCGGCAGCGCAGAUGGCACAAGCCCAUGCGCACGCGCAGGCUCAGGCUGCUGCGCAGGCGCAGGCCGCCGCCGCACACAUCUCCGGCCAGUCAACGCUGAAUGGUCGCGACGGCAAGUUUGGCCUCCUCGGCGUCCUCAACACUGUUCAGAUGACCGACAACAAGCUGACCCUCCUUGCGCUCGGCACCAACCUCACCCAGCUCGGGCUCGACCUCAACUCGUCCGAGCCGCUCUACGCCUCGUUCGGCUCGCCAUUUGCCGAGACCGGGACCGCGCGGACCGAGCCAGAGUUUGACCUCCCCUCGUGCUACUACCUCAACAACCACAUCGCGCCGCCGACUAUCAAGCCGGCCCUGCUCUCGGACGAGACGCUGAUGUACAUCUUCUACUCGAUGCCCAACGACACCGCCCAGACCACUGCCGCCAUCGAGCUCACCAAGCGCGAUUGGAAGUACCACAAAGAGCAUCAGCUCUGGUUCCAGCGGGUGCCUAACACCGAGCUGAUGAAGACCGCCACCUACGAGCGCGGCUCCUACAUCUACUUUGACGUCAACACCUUUGACCGCGUCCGCAAGGACCACUUUGUCCUGCAGUACGACCAGCUCGAGGAUCGUUCCGUCCCCGCCACCGCAACCUAUGUCCCCGGCGCCGACCGGUGA